UUCUAAAUUUUCAUAGAAAAAUUUGAAGUUUCGCAAUUUUUUUUAUUAUAUCAAAAAUUUAGCUGAAUGAUUCAGUCAUUCAUUCAGUUACUGCCCUCUGUACCGCUCGGCUCAUAAACGUGGUGCAAGUAGACGAUUUACCAAAGAUUUUCGGCCAAAAACAUAGGAAUUAUAAUACACGAAGGAAGACAAUUAAAGAUAAACUUAAUUUUACCAAUAAAAAAUAUAUUUUACGAAAGACGGACUCUCAUCAAAAAUAAGUCAACCAGCCACCCUUUGUGCAAACGGUGUAUAUAAUGUCUUUUGAAGAAACGCUCUACCAAGAACUCGAUUUAGCUUGGGACCAAUCAGCCGAUAAAAUACAACUACAAGCAGAAUCAGCAACCGAAGAAGGACCAACUACAUCGCAGCCACAAGACGGCUGCAAGCAAACACUGCCAAUACCAGCAAGCGCAGAAGUCGCCACUUCGGUUCGUCACAAUCCCUUUGCAUUACCGCUGCAGCCAUUCCAGAGCAGUUGCAGCAGUCAAACACUUUUUCCACCACCACCAAUUUCACAAGCGCGUCAACUGUCGCUCCAACUCACAUCACAGCAUCCGUCCACCAGCAAACAAUCCAACUUUGCAAAUAAGCUCCAACCGAAUCCGCAAACCUAUAACCUAGUUCAACAGAUUAUACAAACCGUUGGUGAAUUGGAGAAUACCAUACUUGAGGAUCGGCAAAACGAUUUCAAUUUCCGUAUAGCAUACGAACGUCAAACGGAGCAGCUAAAGAAUAUGUGCCAGUCAUUGGACAAUGAGAAGGCACGUAAUGUGCGGCUGAUGGAGCUAAUACGCGGUGUGGACGCCUGCUCGGCAACUGAGGAUGAGGAGCCAGAAAAGGCGGUCUCGCGUUGUUGUGCCACGGAGCAUUGGUCUUGCUCAUCCGAAGCUUAUGAUUCGAUAAGUCCACUGCUAAUGCAACAAAGAUAUGAUGAACUUUCCAUUUCGUACAAAAAAUGCCGUCGACAGCUCAUAAAAAAGGAAAAGCUGCUGCAAUUGAGUCGUUGUGAAACAGAAACCGCAAAGGCGCGUUACGACAAUCUUUUAGAUGAAUAUCUCAUAUCACAAAAACGUUUCGAAGAAGUAUGCUUCAAGUAUCUACAAUUUCAGGCAAGAAAGAAUUUAGAGAUCCAACGUCUCCGCGAUGCGCUCAACAAUGCCGGCGAAUGUAUCGUGAAUGCGCAACAAUUAAUCGAUUGUUUGGAUGAAGAGACGAUCACAUUAUAUGCCAAUCAAAAUAUGAAAAACUUAUAUGAUGACAAUAACAAUAGCAACAACAACGACACAGUAACUAACGAAACGGACUGUAUAAGAGAAUUUAAGCAAAAUUUAGAGUUAUUUGUGAAGUCCUUGCGUCUCUGCCAGAGGGUACAACAGCACAAUAAUAUUGUACGCGAAAACAACGAAAGUCAGCAAUGAAUUUCACGUUUAACAGUUAGCAGUUAUACUAUAUACGAACUGAGUGUGUCCAAUAUUGGAAAAAAUUUUGUGAAGAGAAAAUAUAUAUUUUAUAUGAAUUUAUACUUAUU